AUGGCGGGGAAGAGAAGCAAGACAAGCUUCUUUAAUAGCUUGGAGAAGCUGGAUUGCUCUGAUGAGGCAGAGGACGAUGACACAAAUUCCCUGGAGCGUCUGGUUCUUGACGCAAGACCACCAGUAACCGUCGACCUGACCACUGUCUCACCCGCCCCAGAGCGGAUAGUUCUUACCCGUGCAAACACGGAGCCGGAGCCCUCGCAUAAGGAGAAAGAACCUCAGGAGGCUGUAAUCGCCCAUGGGGUCCAUCAAAGAAGGCGUGCUGAGCUCAUUGAGCCGAAACUGAGGACUAUCAAGCGCUCUCAGACGACAGGAACUAUGCCUGGCACUAAGAGCGAUGGAGGCCCUGCUCCGAAGAAACGGAGGACGAACGGUAUCAUCAAGUUGGUCCCCGAGACUCAGCGAAUACUUAAAGAACUUGUAUUCUACUUCUUUCCGAACAAUGAUGCCUCCCCCUCCCGAAGGCUGCGCAUCCAGCGAGCACGGGAAUACGGUGCUCACUGGACGAUAGACUGGACAGAGAAUGUCACACAUGUGAUCGUGGACAAGGGGCUGCGAUACCAGGAUCUUAUAAAGUACCUCAAGCUCGAGUCUCUUCCGGGAAACGUGGCUCUUGUUAACGAGUCAUACCCAUCAGAAUGCAUCAGAUUCCGCUCUGUUCUGAGUCCAUUCCAGGCGCGAUUUCUUGUUGAUGGGACACCGACAGCUUCUGGAAAUGAAGAAGCUACGGCUCCGGCUCCGGCUCCGGCUCCGGCAGCCUCGAUUGACAUACUACCUCUGAAAGCAUCAAGAAAGGAGCAGAAGCUGACUCCGGAAUCAUCCCAAUCUGGUCUUCCUGUAUUUGAACUGGUUCCCAGCAAGGCUAUCCCUGAGAACAGCCCGAAAGAGUUCCGGCAGUGUGAUGACCUCGAUGCAAUAAUCGAGGCGGCGAGAGCAAGCAGACAUCUGCCACUUGACCCGAUCGAUUCCUCCGACGAAGAGUCUGCUGAUGAAUCUGGAAGUGAGGCUCAAUCACCCGAGCCUGGCCCAGCCCAAAAGGAAGAAGUAACAUCAAAAGGAGAAAAGGUGGUCGAAUCAUGGGCGAGCAAUUUUGCCUGCAUGCAGAAGUUCGACCUCAAUGUAAAACGCGACAAACCGAACAGCCGAACGAUCGAGAUAUUACAACAGUUGCUGGACUACUAUACCCAAACAGGAGAUCAGUGGCGUACGCUGGCCUACCGCAAGGGGAUCAAUGCCCUGCGCCGACAGACUAAAGCGAUCAUGACAAGAACGGAGGCUCUGCUCAUCCCCGGCAUUGGAACACGGCUGGCAGACAAAAUCGAGGAAAUCGUUCUCACCGACCACCUUCGCCGGCUUGACCAUACGAAUGAGACUGAAGCCGACCGCAUCAUCCAGGAGUUUCUCGGUAUAUAUGGGUGUGGCCUUUCGCAAGCGUCCAAAUGGGUCGCGCAGGGAUACCGGUCGCUGAGUGACCUUCGGGACAAAGCGCCUCUAACGAAAAACCAGCGCAUCGGCCUGGAGCGCUACCACGACUUUGCGCAGCGAAUCCCGCGCAAGGAGGUCGAGGCCCACGGGGAGAUUGUGCGACGGGCGAUCCAGACGGUGGACAGCGAUAUGCAGGUGAUCAUCGCUGGAUCUUACCGCCGCGGGGCAGCGGAUUCGGGAGACAUUGAUCUCCUCAUCACGAAGCCGAACGCUACCUUGAGCGAGAUUCGGUCGCUGGUCUUGGAUACUGUGGUGCCGCAGCUGAUCCACGAUGGCUUCCUGCGGAUCGGUCUACAGACUUCUCGACGCAACGGGAACGGCUCUAAGUGGCAGGGAGCGUCUGUUAUACCGGGGAGCAAGAUAUGGCGACGCAUCGAUCUGCUCUUUGUACCCGGCGCCGAAUUUGGAGCCGCGCUGGUAUAUUUUACGGGCAACGAUAUCUUUAAUCGCAGCAUGCGACUACUAGCUCGUAAGAAGGGGAUGUGUUUGAAUCAGCGAGGACUUUAUACGGAUGUACUGCGCACUGCACAGGGCAAGGUCAAUCCCGGCCGGCUGGUCGAGGGGCGCGAUGAACGUCGGAUCUUUGCGGUGCUAGGAGUGCCUUGGCGGCCUCCGGAGCAGCGAAUUUGCUAG